AUGGGGUUUGGAAGCCGUUGGAGGAAUUGGAUUGAGACUUAUCCUUCGUCUAUCAAGUUCUCUGUUCUUGUGAACGAAUCUCCUACUGGUUUCUUUGGGUGCCCGGGGUUUAAGACAAGGAGAUCCUUUGUCGUCUUUCCUUUUUCUUAUUGUUAUAGAGGGCUUGAGCAGACUUAUGCGAAGGGCAAAGAUCUUGGUCUUAUUAAUGGCUUUAGAGUGGAAAGAUAUCUAGUCCAUCAGGUGGAGAUUUCUUAUCUUCUUUUCGCGAACGACACCCUGGUUUUCUGUGAUGCUGAUGUGUCGCAACUUAGAUAUUUGAGGGAUGUUCAGGAUAUUUCCUCUUUAGCUGCAGUCCUCAGGUGUAGGGUUAGUUCUUUCCCCAUUCCUUAUUUGGGUUUGCACCUAGGGGUUUCUUCCAGGAGAGUGGGGAGUUGGGUUCCUGUGAUUGAUUGGUAUACGAAGAGAUUGGCAGGAUGGAAGAAGCAAUACUUGUCUAAGGGGGGUAAAGUUACUCUCAUUAAGAGCACUUUAUUGAGCCUUCCCACAUAUUUUUUAUCCAUGUUCCAAAUUCCAUGCUCUGUUACUGAUAGGAUCGAAAAAAUUCAAAGGGAUUUCCUUUGGGGCGGAAGGGGCGAAGAGUUCAAGUAUCACCUUGUUAGAUGGGAGCAAGUUUGCAAGUCCAUGAAGUUGGGUGGUCUUGGUAUUAGAAGGUUGGUUCCUUUUAAUCAAACUCUUUUGGGUAAAUGGUUGUGGAGAUACGGGACAGAAAGACAUCGCCCUUGGCGAAGGUUAGUUUCAUCUCGGUAUGUAAAAGAGAGUGGUGGCUGGUCUACCGGUCCGGUUCAUCUUGCGGGAGGAGUCGGGGUGUGUAAAUCCAUCCAGAAGGGAUGGGAUGUAAAUCUACUCAUAUCAGGUUCAAAGUUCGUGAUAGCAGAUGCGUUCGUUUCUGGGAGGAUCUUUGGUGUGGUGACCAACCAUUAUCUCAUACUUUUCCCAGAUUAUACAGACAAUAGAAGCCAAAAUUCUGCCAUGCUUGAAGAUGAUGACAAUGUGGAUUCACUCACAGAGCUCCUAUUAGCAAUGCUCUCAUAG